UGGGUGGGGCGAGGCGUGUCUGCGGCUCCCGGUUGUUGCCCCGCUUCGCUCAACAGAUGAAACUGACACAGAGAGCGAGGACAAAGCUGAGCGAACGGCGGCUAGAGAAACAAUAAUAAUUACAGUUUAAACUAUGAAAUAGUACAGCGUGACUUUAUUGUCAUAUUUUAAUUAGCUUUUUAUUUGAAUUGUUUUUAUUUGAGGGUUUUAAUUUCACAUUGGAAAGCGGCCUAUCAGCUGGUGCUCUGUGAUUGGAGGACGUGAUGAUGGAGGCGGGGCCGAGUGUGCAGGCGGAGCUGGAGUUCCGAGGGGCAGAGUUCUCGGUCAGGGUGUCAUCGGGGGCGGAGCUUCUGGAGGUGGAGGUGUCAGACAUGCUCAGUGCGGAUCAGUGGAGAGGGCAGUUUGACUCAGCGUACAUCGAGGAUCUGACACGGAAAACUGGGAACUUCAAGCAGUUUGCAAUAUUCUGCACCAUGCUGGAGUCAGCCCUGACCAAGAGCAGCGAGUCCGUGACCCUCGACCUCCUGACCUACAGUGAUCUGGAGCUGCUGCGGAGCAGGAAGGCGGGGCUUGGAUCUCGGCCCCGCCCUGCAGCGAAGUCUCCUGCACUGAACGCAAAGCGCUACCUCAUUCUCAUCUAUUCAGUGGAGUUCGACAGAAUCCACUAUCCCCUGCCUCUGCCAUACCAGGGCAAACCAGACCCAGCGCGGCUGCAGAGAGAGAUCAGAGAGCUGAGAGAAGAGCUGAGAGAGAGGGGAGAGGGGGCUGUACACACCAGCAAGGACUCUGAGACACACCGACUCAGAGCAGAGUUGGCUAAGCUGCGUCAGGAGAAGGAGGUGCUGGCAGGGGCCCUGGAGAGGAUGCAGGCAGAGGGGUCGCGACCCCACAGUGACCCCCGAGGGGUCAGGGUCCUGAAGGACGUGGUGCACAGUCUAGAGGAAGAACUGCUGAGAGAGAGGACAAGAAACAAGAGAGCACAGAGCAAGAGAGAGCAGGAGUACAGACAGCUACAGGAACAGCUGGAGGAGUUGAAGGAGUCUGAGAGGAGUCUGCGGGUUCGAGUGAAGAGUCUGACCAAUGAGCUGGCGCUGUGCAGGAAGGGCAGGAUGACCCCUCUGCAGCGCUCUGGCUCCUCCCUGUCCCGGGGGGGAGGGGAAGGGGAGGGGAGGCGCUCUGUGUCCCAAGAGAGGGAGAGGAGUCAGGGGAGAGCAGGCUCUGCAGGACCUGUCAGAUCAGUGUCGAGGGAGCGGAGAGAGCGCUGGGCUGGAGGAGACAGGGAGAGGUCACGGGAGAGGUCAGGAUCCACAGGACCACGCCCAGUUCCUCCACGCGUCUCCCCUUCAGGAACCCGAGUCCCGCGUUUCGACCCCACAGCCUACGUGAAGGACAAGGAGCAGAGACAGAGAGAGGCGGAGAGGAGGAGCCAGCGAAAGGUUCGUCGGGACCUGCUGGCCACUCCCCCCAGUAGUGAGAGGGGGCGGCCCCGCUCCAGAGAGACACGCCCCCUGGGCAGGAGGGUAGGGUCUGUAGGAAGGGGGCGGAGUUCCUCGGUGGAGAGUGCAAGGAGCAGACGGUCUUCUGCAAGCUCAUUGGCCGAGCUGGAGGAGUUGGCACAGCCACUCCCCUCUAGUGCUGGUCUCGGAGGCAGGAAGGCAGGUCGGCCCCUCGGCUCUGUGCUGUGGAACGCUCCUGGACUGCCUCGCAGAGGGUCCCGUGGUCCUAAGAAGCGCAUGUCCAGCACUCCGACCCGGAAGAACCGCUCCAGUGAUAAAGAAAACUCGUUUGGCCCUGGCGCUGACCUCUCUGAGAUCGACGCUCGGUUGCAGGCUCUGCAGGAGUACAUGAGGAACCUGGACACACGAGCCUAGCCAUGACCCCUGACCCCAGCGCACAGCUACAGGAGGGACCUGACCCUGACCCCAGCAUAUCCAGAGUCCCCGAGUCUGACCCCAGCAUAUCCAGAGUCCCCGAGUCUGACCCCAGCAUAUCCAGAGUCCCCGAGUCUGACCCCAGCAUAUCCAGAGUCCCCGAGUCUGACCCCAGCAUAUCCAGAGUCCCCGAGUCUGACCCCAGCAUAUCAGAGGGGCGAGUCUGUCUGACCCGCAGCGACCCUGAUUGUGAGCCCUGAUCUACAGUGAUCCCAUGCACAGCUGUGAACUCAGCAUCUCGAUCGUCUGGCAACGCAUUUAACAGCAGCAGCAGCCCGUGUUUAAAACAAGCAGUAACUUUCUUAAUUAUAAACCCUGGAACCAGCCAGAGAGCCAGUCUGGGAUGGAAAUAAAACCAGUUGCCCAGCAUCUUGAUCCAUUCCUGGUUUUACUAUGAGUUUAGUAAGACAUCCUUGAGCUUGUUACCUGUACACACUGGCUAAUGAAGCUUGUAUUGAUAGACUCCAUGGCGAGAUGCGAUGUCAGGGACUCCUGUGCGCUUCGCUCUCACACUGUCAUCGAAGGGCAGGGGGCUCUGGAUUAAUACAGCAGUGAGCCGGUCCUUCACUGGGGAGUCCUGGGGUUUGAACUGGGACUGCGUCAUACGGGUACAGAAACUGGUUUCCAUUCUCCACGGGGUAACUCGGUUUUUUUGAUUAAUUGAAUCAACCUCAAGAUUUGUGAUACUGUUUUUUUUACUUUCUAGUUUUUGGGCACUUUUGAGAAACAAAACAACAAAAAACCCCAGAAUGAAUCCUCGCGGCAGUAAGUGACACGCUGCGUCGUUAACCCCUUCCCCCCCGGAGCUGGCUGUUUGCAGCCCUGCUGUGCUGGUCACUCUGACGAAGCCGAUGGCCAUUCUGCUCGGCAUUGAAAACAGGAAGGGUGCAUUGACAGUGGAGGCAGCCAGGUGCUGCUACACGCUGCGUAAAAUCCCUCCAGAAUUAGGGGUGAAUACUUGGAGAAGGAACUUGUCAAGACUUCCUGUCAGAACCGCUUUGUUGGUGAACUUGCUGUGCUUCUGUGCAGCUCCUGUUUGUGUUCAAAGCUGGGGCUGGGGCUGGGGCUGGGGCUGGGGCUGGGGUAGGUGGUGUGUGUUUUUUUAAAUUUUUUUUGUGAAAGCCUUUUUUUUAAAUUAAACCCAGAGCUUGACAAA